AAGCCAGCAUUCCUUUAUCACCAUUCACAAGACAUUGAGAAGAGCCUGGAUAUAGCUCCACAGAAGAUAUAUAAACAUUCUUCUUCUGAAACUCAAAUAAACAAAAACCACCAAAUUGUUAAGUCAGCAUUUCUUAGGCCUGCAUAUGAUCCAUCUCUCAAUCUGUUGGCCGUGGCCGGUCAAGAUCUUGAAGUUGAAAACCUUCCAAUCCCUGCAGCAAAUGUAAUUGUGGUGACACUGCAAAUGGAUGUCAACAAGCUGAACAUAACCUUGCUCCGAAUAUUCCGCCAGGGAGUGGCGGCUGCGUUAGGACUCUUACCCCAGCAAGUGCACAUCAAUCGCCUCAUUGGAAAGAAGAACAGUGUGGAACUCUUCGUGUCUCCCAUAAACCGAAAAGGAGGCAUCUCCGACGCCCUGCCAUCUGAGGAAGUGCUGCGUUCACUUAAUACCAAUGUUUUGCAUCAAAGUUUAUCCCAAUUUGGAAUCACAGAAGUUUCUCCUGAGAAAAAUGUUCUGCAAGGGCAGCAUGAAGCAGACAAAAUCUGGAGCAAAGAAGGAUUUUAUGCCGUUGUCAUAUUUCUCAGCAUCUUUGUUAUGAUAGUAACUUGCUUGAUGAUUCUUUACAGAUUAAAAGAAAAGUUUCAGCUUUCUUUGAGACAAGAUAAAGAGAAAAAUCAGGAGAUCCACCUAUCACCCCUCGCUUUACAGCCAGCGCAGUCUGAGGCAAAGACAGCCAACAGCAUGGUCCAGCCUGAGCAGGCGCCGAAGGUCCUGAGUGUGGUCGUGGACCCUCAAGGUCGACACGCUCCUGAGAUCAAAGCUACCACCUCUGUCUGCCCUUCUCCUUUCAAAAUGAAACCCAUCGGACUUCAAGAGAGAAGAGGGUCCAAUGUAUCUCUUACAUUGGACAUGAGCAGCUUAGGGAAUGUUGAACCCUUCGUGGCUGUUCCAACCCCACGGGAAAAGGUAGCAAUGGAGUAUCUACAGUCAGCCAGCCGAAUUCUCACAAGAUCACAACUGAGGGACGUCGUGGCAAGUUCACAUUUACUCCAAAGUGAAUUCAUGGAAAUACCGAUGAACUUUGUGGAUCCCAAAGAAAUUGACAUUCCACGUCAUGGAACUAAAAAUCGUUAUAAGACCAUUUUGCCAAAUCCCCUCAGCAGAGUGUGUUUAAGACCAAAAAAUGUAACUGAUUCAUUGAGCACCUACAUUAAUGCUAAUUAUAUCAGGGGCUACAGCGGCAGAGAGAAAGCGUUCAUCGCCACGCAGGGCCCCAUGAUCAACACCGUGAAUGAUUUCUGGCAGAUGGUUUGGCAGGAAGAUAGCCCUGUGAUUGUUAUGAUCACAAAACUCAAAGAAAAAAAUGAGAAAUGUGUGCUGUACUGGCCCGAAAAGAGAGGAAUUUAUGGAAAAGUCGAGGUUCUGGUUAUCAAUGUAAAUGAAUGUGAUAACUAUACUGUUCGAAACCUCGUCUUAAAGCAAGGAAGUCACACCCAACAUGUGAAGCAUUACUGGUACACCUCAUGGCCUGAUCACAAGACUCCAGACAGUGCUCAGCCCCUUCUACAACUCAUGCUGGAUGUAGAAGAAGACAGACUUGCUUCUGCAGGCCGCGGGCCUGUGGUUGUCCACUGCAGUGCAGGGAUAGGUAGAACGGGGUGUUUUAUUGCUACAUCCAUUGGCUGUCGACAGUUGAAAGAAGAAGGAGUUGUGGAUCCACUAAGCAUUGUCUGCCAGCUUCGUGUAGACAGAGGCGGAAUGGUCCAAACCAGUGAGCAGUAUGAAUUUGUGCAUCAUGCUCUGUGCCUGUACGAGAGCAGACUUUCGGCAGAAACUGUCCAGUGAUUCUCUGAAGAUGUAUCAGGCCAUCAAUCUCUAGGGGUGACUAAUCAAUUACCCACUUGACGCUUCUAGAAGAAGCUUCCUGCAAUGAAAGAGAAGCCCUGAAGUCAAGCUGUGGCAUGGACAGUGGAAGAUGGCAACCCAGGAAAGAUUGCCAGCCCCUUGUGUAUGUGAAUGCAUUUGUGAGCAGCUCCUAAGUUAUUCUGAAGGUCCUGUGCUGAUGGAGGAAUGAUAGACUUCUCCCACAGCUAAGGAGGAUUUUGUUUUGUCUGUAUUGGUUAUCUGCCACCCGGAAUGUAUGUAUGAAACACCCAGUGAUACAUGUCAUCAGAUGAUGACUGGAAGAGCUGCUGAAGAAAUUAUUAUUGUGUGUUUAGAUGCUUUAAUGUUUGCAAAAUCUGUCUUGUGAAUGGACUGUCAGCUGUUAAACUGUUCCUUUUUAAGUGCUAUUAUCUUUCUCAGUUACCAGAAUCUUGCCGCUAAAGUUGCAAGUGAUUGAUAAAGGAUUUUUAACAAAUGAGUCCUUGUUUUUGAAAAAAAAUCAAAAGCAGUAACUAUUUUAUAUGGAAAUGUGUCUUGAUAAUAUUACCUACUAAAUGUGUAUUUAUCAGUACCUCCUAUCAAUCAAUUACAGAGCACAAUGAUUGUCAUUGGGUAUCUAUGUAUUUAUUCUCUAUUAUUGGGCAUAGAGGUGGUUGCUUCUCCAGAACUCUAUUCACUGUAUUUCUACAUUGUGAGUCACUUUACUGUAAAAGGGAAAAACAAAUUUGUAGCAACUCUGACGUAUUAAGAACUUUAGAUACUUGUCUCUCUUUUACUAAGAGUUUUUGAGUAUGCUAUCUACCUGGAGUCUCUUGCCCAAUAAAGGGAAGUUGCUUUGGGCAUGAUCACCUGUCACUUUUCCAGAGGUUCUUCCAAAGGCUGCUGCCAUGGGUAUCCUUACAUUUCAGAAAGGUUUUAAUCCUCAAGAGACAAAUAAACCUAAAAACAACAACAGAAAAACUACACUCAGCAAACACUAGAUGUUCUGCUCAAAUAUGAAUUUCUAAUGCAGCUAUGUUGACUUUGUUUCAUACUGCCAAUAAACUACUCUUAAUACUAAA